CUUUCUCCUUAGCUGCCAUGUUCCUUUUUCCCGGGCUUGUAGUAAUCAGCCUCGUCUCCAGGGUGACAUAGUCAUCCCAGGCUCACUCGUACGCGGCAUUUCAAGAUGGCUUCCAACCCAACAACAACUAAGAUGGAGUUUGCUGUGCAGAUGACCUGUAAGAAUUGUGUAGAUGCAAUUUGCAAUUCACUCCAUGGUGUUGAAGGUAUCACAUCAUUCACAGUGGAUCCAAACUCAGAGCAAGUGACUUUAGAGACAACUCUGUCAACCAGACAAGUCCAGAAUCUAUUAGAAACCUCAGGACGUACAGCCAUCUUACGUGGACUUGGUCCAGCAGGGAAGGAUCUGAAGCAUUUAGGAGCUGCUGUUGUGGAGAUGCGCAGUGGAAUUGUUAAAGGUGUCACCAGAUUUGUUCAGGUAUCUGAGGAUCUGUGUGUGAUUGAUGGCACAAUUGAUGGACUUUCUCCUGGACUUCAUGGGCUCAAUAUUCAUGAAUUAGGAGAUCUGUCUCUGGGAUGUGCAAGUACUGGUGAUCAUUAUAAUCCCAGAAACUGUCAACAUGGAGCACGAGAGGACAAUGAGAGGCAUGUUGGUGACCUUGGCAACAUUUCAGCUGACAAAAAUGGCAGAGCCUCUUUCAGAAUGGAGGACAAAAAUAUCAAGGUUUGGGAUGUAAUCGGUCGCUCACUAGUCGUACAUCACGGUGAAGAUGACCUUGGGCGUGGCACCAAUGAAUUGUCGAGGAUAACUGGAAAUUCCGGCCCUGGAUUAUCUUGUGGAAUCAUCGCCAGAUCAGCUGGACUUUUCCAGAACACCAAAAAGUACUGUGCAUGUGAUGGGAAAAUCCUUUGGGAGGACAAGCCAUUGUCUGAACCAACAAGCAUGCCUUCUCAGCUGUAAAUUCUUGUACGGAAACCAGUGGAUGUCUUGAAAUCAAGAAAUCUUCUAGGAUAUUUCAUCUGUUUGGGAUCAAGUUCCGUAAAAGCAGGACACAGGCAAACCAAUAACAUUCGCUUCUGUUUUCGCAAUAUCAAGAAAAAGGGCAGUUGAUUUUAUCUCUUGGAGUCACUUAAAAGUUAAAUGAUAUCUUUGACGUCAUAACGAAAUUUUUUCCUGUCAUGAAAUCGCCCAAGGAAGGUUCUUAGUAGACAAUUGUCUCGAUUUUUCAUUCUUCAUUUAACACUUACCCUUUGGAUCAUGUCGCAUCAUGUGACUGAGGAGAAACAAACUGCUUACGUUCUUUCAAAUUUCAUAUUGAUAAGGAAUCGAAUCUCAGUUAGACCCAUCCAAGCAAACAUUUCAACUGAAUUUCGAAACAACUUGUCACGCUUUUAGGGAUGGCAAAAUAACAAAUCAAAACCACAAGAAUUUUAACUAUUCAA